AUGCUAACGCAGUUUCUGCUCCACCGUGUCCGGAGCGUGCUGGACAAGCCUACUUUAGGACCGGUUCGAACUUUUGGUGGCGGCAACAGAAGCACCAGUCCGGUGGACGUGCUGAGGACGACGCUCACUUUUGGACAGUUUGGGCUGUUCAGAAGGCCCCAUAACACAGGAACAAAAUUUAUCAGGGAACUGCAGGGCAACUACGCGAAACUCACUGAGAAGGAUAUCGCGACACUGGUAGAGCUGGCGCGCUCUGCUGAGCCGCAACCUCCACCAACGACACCUGCUACAGCCGCUACUGUGUCCAUUACGAGUCCAGACCAGUUGCGGAGCUACAACACGGACUGGACGGGCGAGUUUCAUGGAAACGCAAGUCUUUGUCUCCGGCCGUCCACGGUUGCAGGCGUUGCGAGCAUCCUCGCGUACUGCCACGAACGGAACCUGGCUGUAACACCGCAGGGCGGCAAUACUGGGCUCGUGGGAGGCUCUGUCCCUGUAUUUGACGAGAUUAUCCUCUCACUCUCGAGAAUGAACCGAAUUCUUGAGUUUGAUGAAGAGCACAGCACGAUUACCGUCGAAGCUGGCGUCACGCUGGGCCGUGCCGAGCAGCACUGCCGCGAACGAGGAUUCUGCUUUCCGUUGGAUCUCGGGGCCAAGGACAGCUGCCAAAUCGGUGGCAACCUCUCGACCAACGCGGGUGGGUCUCGAUACGUUCGCUACGGCUCCCUGCACGGCACUGUGCUGGGCCUCGAGGCUGUGCUCGCUGAUGGCACGAUCCUGGACCUCGGCGUUGGUAGGAAAGUUCGCAAAGACAACACCGGCUACGAUCUCAAGCAUCUCUUUAUCGGAGCGGAGGGUACGCUUGGCAUCAUUACCAAGGCCACGCUGUCGUGCUCGCCGGCACCUACAGGCACACAAGUGGCCCUAGCAGGACUCCCGGGACCCUUCGAGCAGGUGCGGUGGUGGCUCCGAGAAGCGCGUCGUUCAUUGAAUGCCCAUUUGUGCGCUUUUGAGUUCAUGGACAACGAUGCGAUGACGCUCCUGCGGGCGCAUGGGGAUGGAUUUGGGGUCCCGCUGCAAGGGAGCCAUGCUUUCUAUGUUCUGAUCGAGUGCGGUACCGCUGCUGAUACGGAGCAUCGGGCGUUGUCGCCGCUCGAGACCUACCUCGACGCCAUGACUCGUGCCGACCCGCGAGUGGAUGUGAUUAUGGCCCAGGACCUGUCGCAGAGUGCACACCUAUGGGGCUUGCGCGAGUCCCUACCCGAACUGGUUCGUCGAUCCGGCCCUAGUAUCCUCAAGUAUGAUCUCUCUUUGCCGCUUCCAUCGUUCUACGGAACCGUCGAGGCAGUCCGCGAACGAUUGCGUCAACACAAGCUCGAUGCGAGGACUUUUAGCUGGGGACAUGUCGCCGACGGCAAUUUACAUCUGAACGUUUCCAGCGAGCACCCGCGGGACAUGCUGCGCAGUACGCUGGAGCCGUGGCUAUACGACGUGGUCCAGCAGCAUGGCGGAUCGGGGAGUGCAGAGCAUGGGAUCGGGGUGCUUAAAACUCGCCUCCUUGAACGGGGUAAGCGUCCAGAGGUUCUACAGCUCAUGCGGCGUUUCAAAGCGCUCCUGGAUCCGAAGGGUAUCCUUAAUCCCUAUAAAAUGGUGGAUGCCGGCGACGCUGGUUGCCGCAGACCCUGA